AUGGCUACUCGAAAUGGUGAAGAGGUCGAGCCUAAGAUCUCAGUUCAGGUUCUGGUGUUAGGAGAUAUUGGACGAAGUCCUCGAAUGCAAUAUCAUGCUACGAGUAUAGCAAAACAUGGUGGAAGAGUUGACCUUAUUGGAUAUCAAGAAUCCGAGCUCCCCUCUGGCUUAACGGAUAAUCCUUUAAUCACAAUCGUACCUUUACCAUUACCACCGCCCAUCUUACGAGACGAGAGUUUACCAUUCAUCUUAGCAGGUCCUUUCAAGGUACUAUGGCAGAUUUGGACUUUAAUUGUAGCUUUAUAUUUUACUACCAAACCAGCAAGAUGGCUUCUAGUUCAGAACCCUCCCUCAAUUCCUACUUUUUUCAUCGCAUACCUCGUUUGCUUUCUACGAAGAACUGAUUUGAUAAUUGAUUGGCAUAACUAUGGAUGGACUAUACUGGCAGGGACCAGAGGUCCCAAACAUAUCUUUGUUCGACUUUACAAAUGGUAUGAAGCUUUCCUCGGAUCAUGGGCACCAACGGCUUCAUUCACGGUUUCGAGAGCAAUGGAAAGCCAAUUGCGCGAGAGUCCAUACAAGAUUAAAUCCCCAAUAUUUACCCUUCACGAUCGACCUGCAUCCAUUUUUCAACCUAUUAACGACCAAGAAAUACGACGUGCUUUUCUUCAACGAUUACCUGAAACGAAAGAUCAUGUUGACGCUAUCAUGAACGGAGAUGUACGAUUACUAGUAAGCAGUACAUCAUGGACACCUGAUGAGGACUUCAACCUACUCCUAGAUGCGCUCGUCAGAUAUGGGCCAUUUGCCGAAUUUGAUUGCCCACCGAUCCUCGCCAUCAUCACUGGAAAGGGACCACAGAAACAAAUGUAUCUUGACCAAAUCACAGAACUCACUGAAAAUUACGACCUCGUCAAUGUUACAAUCAAGACUGCAUGGCUUAAUAUUGAAGAUUAUGCUUCAUUACUUGCAUGCGCAGAUUUGGGAGUAUGUUUACAUAAGAGUAGCAGUGGUGUAGAUCUACCGAUGAAGGUGGUAGAUAUGUUUGGAGCGGGAUUACCGGUCGUUGGAUAUGACCAAUACUUCAGUUGGCCUGAACUGGUCAAGGAGGGUGUGAACGGAUGGGGAUUUACGACAUCGGAUGAUCUGGCAGAUAUUUUGCAGGAAGUCUUCAAGGAUACAAGUGGUAAGGAGUUAGCGAGGUUGAAGAAGGGGGCUAUAGAAGAGGGAAAAAAGAGAUGGGAUGAGGAAUGGGAUGCGGUUGCAGGAAGACUUUUAGGAUUGAUUGGUUAG